UUAUUAUAUCUCUCAACUUCAUUUCCACUUUCCCUCAUUUUUCUCACACUCAAGGAUUAAAAAAACAUAACAAAAAAAGAAGAAGAAAAAAAAGCAUGAAGUUCGGUAAGAGUCUGAGCAAUCAGAUCGAGCAGACACUGCCUGAAUGGCGUGACAAGUUCUUGUCUUACAAAGACCUCAAGAAGCGUCUCAAACUCAUCGACUCCAAAAGCGUAGAUCGCCCCACCAAACGUCUCCGGCUCGACGAGAGCUCCGUCGGGAUGUCGAAAGAAGAGAUCAGUUUCAUCCAGUUGCUGGAGGACGAGCUGGAGAAGUUCAACAACUUCUUCGUCGAGAAGGAGGAAGAGUACAUCAUCAGAUUAAAGGAACUGAGAGAUAGGAUUGGGAAAGCUAAAGAUUCGAAGGAGGAGAUGAUGAGCAUAAGGAAAGAGAUCGUUGAUCUCCACGGAGAGAUGGUUCUCCUCGAGAACUACAGUGCUCUGAACUACACAGGAUUGGUCAAGAUUCUGAAGAAGUACGACAAGCGAACCGGUGACCUCAUGCGCUUGCCUUACAUCCAGAAAGUUCUUCAGCAGCCCUUUUACACUACUGACUUGCUCUACAAGCUCAUCAAGGAGUCCGAGGCGAUGCUCGAUUGCUUCUUCGAGGAUCCAACGGUUUGUGCAGCAGAGUCUGAUGAGAGUGUCCAAGCGGAGCACAAGUUUAUGGAGAGCCUCCACAUGAAGAGUACGAUCGCUGCUCUGCGUGUUUUGAAGGAGAUCAGGAGUAAAAGCUCUACGGUGAGCGUCUUCUCUCUGCCGCCGCUCCAGUUAAACGGGUUAGACAAGAUUCCGUUGUUGGAGCAAGAAGCAAAAUAGAGAAGCUACGCCGUUCUAUUACAGUAGAAGCUAACGUAUUAUAAAAACCAUACAUUAUCAAUGUCUUUGGUCCUUUUAAAAGUCCUUAGGAGUUGUAACUUUGUUACUGUGUUUGUGUGUGGUCAUCUGAUAUAAUAUACCACUUUCAGAUUUUAUC